AUGGCGGACAGACGGAGACCCGCGUCUCACGGGGCCAAAAAACCUCCGAGGUCUAGUUCCCAGAGGCCUCCAACCGCAGCAAGACCUCUAAACCGUCCUGCUUCUGCUCCUACGAAGAACCCAGCUCAGACGGACCUGCUGGCUAAAGAAGAGGAAUACAUGAGACGAAAUGCAGAACUGGAGGCUAAAACAGCCGAGGUGGUGCGGCAGGCAGAGGAAGUCAUGAGGGAACAAAAUGAGGUGCUGUCGAAGCCCAUCUCGACCCACCUGAGCCUUGAUAUUGCAGAUGACCCUGAGGAUUUUGGGGAUGCCUUCAUGCUCUCGGUGAAACAAUCUACAGCAAAGGCAGCGACGGAGAAAAGGUCUUUAAAAACAGGAAAGCUGAACAGACCUUUAUCAUCAUCAUCAUCAGCUCCCAGAAAGACAGCACAAAAAAAGAAACCAACAGUCGUGGGUGACGUCGCAGUGCUGGAGGAUUUCACCGAUUUCUCAUUGGCCAGGGUGAUAAGCAGCAUGGAGGAAAGAGGAUAUGAUGACAUCACAGGCGAGCAACUGGAGGAUGUCAUACUGGGCGCCGGUGAAGAGCUGGGUGCAGAGGCUCAGAUUCGCUACUUGAAGGCCAAACUCCGAGUGAUGCAGGAAGAGUUAAACAGACUCUCCAACGAACUCAACAAGAAGGACAAGGAGAAUGGAGUGUUGAGCAGUAAGCUGAAGGAGGCGGAGCAGGACCGAGUCAAACUGCAGAGGACCACCAGCACACAGCAGAUGCAGUUAGAGAAGCAGCGGGCGCUGGCUGAAGACGCCAACAGGAACUGCGACGGCCUGCGCCUUCAAGUCUCUGCAUUACAGAAGGAGGUGGAGGGAAUGAAGAGGGCUCAGAAGCAGGUGUCCAGCAGCCACAACGCCACAGAGGUGAGACUGAACCGAGCUCUGGAGGAGGCCGAGAGGAGCAAAGCUGAACUCAACAAGCUCAAACAGAGCAGCAAGGACUCGGCGAAUCAGGAGCAGCAGAUGAUCGCAGCUUUACAGGCUGAGCAUAAAAAGCUGGAGAAACAGAAAGCUGAACUCAUCACAGCCUUUAAAAAGCAGCUCAAGCUUAUUGAUAUUUUAAAAAGGCAAAAGAUGCACUUUGAGGCAGCGAAGAUGAUGUCCUUCACUGAGGAGGAGUUUAUGAAGGCUCUUGACUGGGGCAAUCCAUAACACACACACACACACACACACACACACACACAUGCACGCACGCACACCAUUGGGCAUUUCAGAUCAAAUCCUCAUCUGAGCUGUCAAAGACUCAGGGGUGGGUUUCCGGAAAGCCUCUUAAGGCUAAGAGCGUCUUUAUCUGCCUCUUAAGAUCCAUCAUUAAGCUAACAUGGUUUUCCGGAACAACGUCGUAGCCAAAGUAGUGCUUUAGUUCAGUCUUAACUUAUGAUGGACUGGGAUCACUCUUUCACAACAAAGAGCAUUUCCGCACAGCUGAAUACACAGACUGCGAUGCUCCUCUGAGGGUCUCUCAGCACUGGUGUUGAAUCUGCUGCCGGGGUUCAAUUAUUUUUCUUGUACAUUGCAAGUACAUUGAGUUAAUUAUUAAAUAAAUAUACGCAAAACAUUUAUGAAUUUAUUUCAGUAUGUUAUGAAAUUACGUAUGGAUAUCAUAACGUCACAUUGAUAUCGCCACGUUUCAAUCAAACUUAACUCCAUUAGACAAGAGAUUCUCAUUUAGUGUCAUAAGAGACGUUUCUGCACUUCAGGGAAAACAUUUACUUCAUUAUUGGCUCAUACGGCCGACAGGCUUCGUCCACAUUUCACAUUUCAAUUCUUCACCAAUUUUUAUUCUUUUUCGCAGGAAGGUCGGUCUGCCUGGGGUGCAUAUAGCUUCUCCCCAGAUUUGCAUAAUUGCAAUUAAUAAUGAAGAUAUGGAGUAAUUAAUCAAUCCCUAACGAGCAGUUUCCACACAAAUCGCUUCUUCAGUUCUUCACCGAUUUUGAUUCUUUCUGGCAUGAAGGUGGGGUACCUAGGGUGUAUAUAACGUCUACCCAGAUUUGCUUCAUUACAAUUAUUAAUGAAGUUAUGGACUAAUUAAGCCUUAAAGGGCUGAUGACACGAACAUGACUCUAUGCAAUUUCUUAAAUAAACUAUACAACAUGGCAAACAUGUUAGAUUUCUGUUAUAAUUACGUGAAAAGAAGCUGUUGUUACGCGAAUAUCCAACUUUUAAUUGCACAGCGCAAGAAAACUGGGUCCGUGGCUCGCGGCCAUGCUGUGACGUCAGCGGAAGAACACGCUGCGGUUCACUGGCUGUUCUACUCUGGUUCUACUCAAUGGAAAUGGCGCAUGAAAACGCCGGUGAACUCUCUAGUGCUAGCUCUUCCUCUUCUGGGAGUCUAGAAUUGUGUUGAUCUCUUCCGAAUAGAAUCUAUGAUAGCCUACCCUCUUUACCCUUUGCCUCUCGUUGCUAGGCGGCAGUUACAUGAAAGCCGCAAGCUUUCACAAGCAAAUACAUGACUGAUAUCAUGCUGACUUUAUGAUUACAUUUAUGAUUAUCAUGUAGAAUCUAUAGCUCUACGUACCUUUAUCUUAUGUCGUUUCACAACACGUGCUCUGACAGGAGGACUGUCUUUGGAUCCGGCAUAGCUACUAGUAGA